GUCUUCUCCUUCGUGGCCAUCUUUCUGUCCACGCCCGACAACUUCUGCGCUUUCUUUCCUGACCUACCAGGCUGCGCGGUGACUGGCCUUUCUCUUCCACAGGCGGAAUCCAGGCUAAGGGAGGCAUUGAAUCGGCAUCUCCGAUCCCUGCUGGAGAAUGGCAAAGAGAUUCCCGAGGGCCAGACG